AUGACGACUGCCCAGGAUAUUCAAACCCGCGUUAUCGGAGCCGCUAACACGCUGGACUACCGCGUGUUCCUCGAGUCAAAGUCGACGGGCCAGCCUCUGUCGCCAUUCCACGACGUGCCUUUGUACGCUGAUGAGGCCAACGGCAUUCUAAACUUUAUUGUUGAGAUCCCGCGCUGGACCAACGCCAAGAUCGAGAUCAGCAAGGAGGACUCUUUUAACCCCUUCAAGCAGGACACGAAGAAGGGCAAGUUGCGCUACGUUCGCAAUUCGUUCCCCCACAAGGGUUACAUUUGGAACUACGGAGCCUUCCCCCAGACGUGGGAGGACCCCGCCUUCGCCCACCCUGACACCAAGGCCAACGGCGACAACGACCCUCUUGACGUUGUUGAAAUCGGCGAGACCGUUGGAUACACUGGUCAGAUCAAGCAGGUUAAGGUGCUUGGUGUAAUGGCCCUCCUUGAUGAAGGCGAGACGGACUGGAAGGUGAUCGUGAUCGAUGUGAAUGAUCCGAUUGCCCCCAAGCUGAAUGACAUCGAGGACGUCGAAAAGCAUCUCCCUGGUCUGAUCCGUGCCACGAACGAGUGGUUCCGUAUCUACAAGAUCCCCGACGGUAAGCCUGAGAACCAGUUUGCCUUCUCGGGCGAGGCCAAGAAUCGCAGUUAUGCUACGGAGGUCAUCCAUGAGUGCCACGAAGCGUGGCGUCGUCUGAUCACCGGUCAGGCCAACGCUGGUGACAUCAAACUUGAGAACUCGACUGUGCAGGGCAGCAAGUCGCUCGUCGCCCCGAACGACACUGUUAUCACGUCGAUCCCUUCUGCUUCGCCACAGCCCCCGGCCCCUAUUGACCCUAGCAUUGACAAAUGGUUCUUCAUCAGCUCGUCUGCCAACUAA